AUGCCUCCUCCUGAGGAUGACGAUGAGGAUGCCUUGUCCUUGCAGGAACAGACUGAGGAGCGAUUAUGCAAUACUGAUAACCAUAGAUUGGUGGGCCAGAUCAUGUUUUGCAAGCCUUAUAGAUGCCAGGCAAUAUCUGAGGCUCUGGUCCAAGCAUGGAACCCGCGUUUUCCCGUUGUUAUCACCCCCAUGCAGGAAAAUCGUUAUUGUUUCCAAUUCCAGCAUAAGCUAGAUCUCUUGAACGUGUUGGAUGAAGGCCCUUGGGCGGUUCGGGGUAAUCUACUGUUGUUGGAACAUUGGAAUGAAAAUCAGGAAUGGGGUUUUCAGAGCACUGAUUUCUGGGUGCAGAUACAUGAAGUGCCGUUGGAACUCUUUAAUCUGGAGGUGGCUUCUCAAUUAGCGGCGAAAGUAGGGCAACCCAAGCAGGUCAUUUUGGUUCAAGGAUUUCAGUUUGGAGCUAAGGUCAGGUAUGUCAGAGCAAGAGUUCAUAUCAGUAUUGUUAAACCUUUACGUCAGUCUAUCACGGUGAAGCGCAGAUCCAAGAAUAGUUCCACAGUGUUGCUUAGAUACGAAAGACUUCCAAGCUUUUGUUACUUCUGCGGUUUAUUUGAUCAUGAGGUGAAGAGGUGUGUUCUUUUUUCGAUGCUGAAUAUAAGCACUGCUUGGAGCAUGGAUGCCCAAAGGCGUCAAGCUGUCCCUCCUUCCCUGACAUCCGAUAUGGUCCUUCAUUGA